GGUGGAAAUCUAACCUCACUAAUUUCCCAAUUUAACCUAAAUCACAGAUCUAAAUUAAAAUGUAAACAAUGAAGCCAGGAAAAUUGCAAGCCACCGAUUUUGACAAUUUAUGUCUCGCCUGUUUAUCGAAAGACUGUCUCGGGAGCAUUUUUGUGCUAACAUUCGAGGGGGCUGUCUUAACUUCACUACUCGAGGAUUUACUUAAUUUUCACGUCGCAGCAGGCGACGCGUUGCCUAAAAAAAUCUGCAAAAAAUGCGUCGAAGAAAUCGUCCAGUUUUACGUCUUCAAAAAACGAUUUAACGAAACUCAAACAACGCUACAAAGGGUUUUGAGAGAAAAGGGUGAUAAAGUAGUUUCAUCUAAUGGACAAUUUUUACGUGAUGAAGAAUUUCUUGUUAAAAACAGUGAUGUGGAAAAUGAAGUUUUUGUGUUGAGUAGUGAUACUGAAGAUGAUGCACUUAGGGGCUUUUAUGGGAUUCCCAAAGACUUAAACAUUGUGUUUGUCGAUAUUGAAACGGUAAAGAAAGAUUUAAGUGGCGAAGGAUUCGUUUUAAAUCAUUUGGAACAUGAUGGAGAAGUUGAAACAGUUGAUGGAGCAUUUCAGUGUUUGUAUCAUAAUCCAGAAGUUAAAACAAUGGAAACUACUUUAAACGUAAAUCAUUCAAACAUUGAAGAUAAACCACAAGAAAAAGAAUCUUCGCUAGACUUAAAUCUUAAAGAGCAAGAAAUUCUUUUACCCAAGAAAAAAUAUUUCAAAUGUUACAUUUGUGAGAAAGUAGUGAAUUUAACAGGAAAGAAGCGACAUCUUCGUACACAUAUGACAAUAAAGAAAGAGAAACCUCACAUUUGUCAAACUUGUUCUCGUGCAUUUCAUUUAAAAGCGAAUUUGGAGAGACAUAUAAAAACACAUACAGGAGAAAAACCAUACGUUUGUGAAUUCUGUGGUCGUAGUUACACACGAGAGGCUAAUUUAAAAGGACACCUCCUUAGACAUACAGGAGAAAAACCAUAUGUGUGUGAAUAUUGUGGUAAAGCUUUCCGAGUUAAACCAAAGUUAGAUUUGCAUCAAUUAACACACUCUAAUGCACAAUCGUUCAUUUGUGAAUUUUGCUCGAAAACUUUUCUGCAAGAGAAAUCACUUAAUGCCCACAAACAAAAUAACCAUUGGGAGAAAAAACCCUUUACUUGCACACAUUGUACCGAGAGAUAUAACACCAUGUUGGCACUUACAAAUCAUCUGGAAACACAUGGCAUUCAACGUGAGAACCGCCAAAGUGGAACAUUAUGUCAAAUUUGUGAUAAGGAAUUUUCCACAAAAGCCAUUUUAAAAAAACACAUGUUGACACACGGAGAUAAACAAUUUUCCUGUACCUUUUGUGAUAAGAAAUUUUACACUAAAGGUCAACUCACAGUACACAAAAGAAUCCAUACAGGGGAAAAACCAUACGUUUGCAAAUUUUGUGAUCAAGCGUUCAAUACUGUGGGAGCGCACAGAAAUCAUAUGCUUCUCCAUACUGGCGAAAAGCCAUACAAAUGUAAAAUUUGCGAUAAAGCUUUUGUACAGAGUCAACAUUUAAAACGUCAUAUGAUGCUCCAUACUGGUGAAAAACCCUAUUCGUGUCCACAUUGUGACAAAAAAUCUAGAAGCAAAUUUGAUAUGGAAUGUCACGUUAGGAUUCAUACGAAGGAAAAACCGUUUAAAUGUGAUAUUUGUGCGAAAGAGUUCCGGAAUCCUGUUUAUCUCCAAAAACAUAAAAGAAAGGAACAUCAAAGGAAUGUUACAUGAAAUAAAAUUUUAUUUUGU